AUGGUUGACCCCGCCCAAUCUCUAGAUGAACGGCCUGUUGAGGUAUUUGUUGGAGAAAUAUUGAUUUAUCGAUUUUUUUUUUCCAGUCGAAAGAGAAAAAGGCCGUUUUGAUCGGAAUGAGUGAGACGGUUGAAGACGUUUGCGACACUCAAGUCAGAGUCGAUCACCGGCCAAAAUACGGUCAUAGUGAGUUUUCCUGUUUCAAAAACUAUAUAUAGUCGAUUCAUGGCCAGGUUAAGAGAGGCGUGGCCUGUCUGCGAUCUCCAUCAAACAGACGCUGUCUCUUUGAUUUUUUUCGUGUCAAGACCCUCUUUUUUUCGAAGCCAGCCGUGAACAAACUAUUAAAGUUUGAGCAAAAAAUUAACGCAGAAAAAAAUCAAAAAAAUUUUAAAAAAAGAUCAAGGCGUUCAGAUCACAGAAACGCACGUUGUGCCAUUGUUUAUGUCAGAUUUUUUUAGAUCCCAUGUCGAUAAUCUAGUGAUUAAAAAAAGCUCAUGACGUUUUUUCUCUCUCCUGGACCCAAAAAGCUCAUCCCAAAUCCGGAGACAAACAAAAAAUGCUUUUUUUAUGGAAAAAAAUUUUGUGUAGAAAAAUAGGCACCUUGAGACUGUUAUAACUGAAAUUUAACUCGGAAAAAAAGUUUUUUUAUGAUUUUUUUCAACAAAAAAACGAGAAAAAUUUUUUUCAGAAAAAUAUAAUUUUCGUCAUUUUCUGAUGCGAUAGGCGACCAAAAAUCGAUUUUGAUAAGAUUAUUAUGUGAUAAAAAUUGACAUAUUUAUCAUCAGAAUGUAGUCCGAAUUGAGGAGAACCUGUAUUUUUGGAAGAAAAUCUCACGGUUUCAAGAAAUUAAUGAAAAAAAAGUGAUCAAAAAAAAAUUUUGCGACUUUUUCACUCAAUUUUUCGAUAUUGAACUCAUAAUUCUGCACACACCGAUGGAAUAUCGUAAUACCAUUUUUGGUUAUCAAAUUUGCUUCACUUUCCUUUUUGAGUUAGGGUUUUUCGAUUUUUCAAAAAAAAAAUUCCAACCGUUGAAAAAUUUACAUUGAAUCGUGGCUAAUGGAGAUAGAAUUUUCGAUGCCCAAAAGUGGCACCUUUAGUGUUUUUUCGGCAUUUUUCAAGUAUCUCAACAGCUUAACUAACUAUGAGGAACGAAACCGGAUAAAAGUCUUUAUUACGGAUUUUUGAAGUGGUCCCUCUAGGGGUUUUUACAAUUUUCUUCAUAGAAUAAGUUAUAAAAAUUUUCCCAGUUUCAGAUGUUGUAUUUAGAGAUUUAUUCUCACAUUUUGGUAGUAGUUGCCGCACAAUUCGAAAAUGCGACCGUUUAUAAAAAACGACCACUUCUUUCGCGAAUUAAUAAAAAACGAGCGCUUUUGAAUUUCAAAUAACUAUUUUUCAUAAUACAAAAAAAGCUAUUUUUUCUAAUCACUAUAGUGGUGCUUUUUCAGAAAAAUUUUUUUCGAAAUUGUCUAAUUUAUUUUUUUACACCUAAUUUCUGGUUGAAUACAGACUUUAGAAAGCUUUACAAAAAUUCCUAGGUAGAACUUUAAUAUUUUUUUGAAAAAUUCGCUUUAAAAAUAAGGUUUGAAAAAAACUUGAAAGAAAAAAAUAAAUUUUUCAAGCUCGAUUUUUUUAUUAAUUUUCGAUGGAGCACCAAGAAAAAGUGGUCGCAUUUUACAAACGUCCGCAUUUGAAAGCAUGACUGGUAUAUCCAGUCUUGAAAGUUCAAAAAAAAAAUUGAAUUUGAUACGUCUAAUUUUCGGAAACGGAACCAAAAGAAAUUUGAGUAAAAUUGUGAAGUUUUUCUAAUUUUUUCGAAAACGAGUAUUGUUUCAGUACGCAACGGAAGUCGUGUGGAAAUCGAGCAAAGUGAAGAAAAUAAUUUGAUCGCGACUUUUGUCGAAUGUUCCCAUGUCAGUCGGCCGACCUGUCAUGGCGUCGAUCAUGAAAAAGUUCGUUUUUCAGAUUUUUCAGGACUUUUUUUGGGAAAUUUUUUUAUUUGACUUGUACAAUUUUUCUUGUCUACCUAAAGUUUAGGAAAUCUGGGAGUUGAAUUUCUUCAUAAAAUCAUCAUUUUUGCUCAUGUCUUGUCAUGGAGAUGAUCAUGAAAAGCUUGUUUUUUUACGUUCAAAUUGAAAAUUUUUAGGAUUUUCUUGAGAAAAUUUGAUUUUUCCUGGUCUUUUGAAAGCUUCAAACUCUUGGGAAUUUAAUUUUUUGUCGCUUAUCACUUACAUUUUAUUCCUAUAUUUUUAUUCUUUCAUAAAAGAACCUUAAAACUCUUGUCUACAUUCAUUUAGUAGUCACUUAAGGGAAAUUUCCCCCUACUUCUUGCCCUCUACGUAGGAGGAGAGACACGGUAGCCUCAAAAUAGGAAAAGGAAAAAAAAAAACACGCGGAACUAACGUUGCUCGGCUGACGCUAUCCAUUGAAGGAUGAAAAAAUUGGCCCUUUUUUAAGUGUCCAAAAAGGUCUGCAAGAACGACUACCGUAGAAAUGUUGCUCUUGAAAAAGCCAUUUUAUAGAGAAAAUUCCAGAGAUAGAAAGGUUAUAAGAGACAAUGCGCUCUCUCACUUUGAUGUACUGUCUCGUUUUUUCAUGACCUCGCUGGCAAGAGAAAAGAGAGCGCAGACAAGAUAGAGCUUUCGCCAAUCCUGGGAAAUUUUGUAGUGGCCUCUUUAGGGUUUUAACGUUUUAGUGGCCACCAUAAGGAUUCGACGUUCUAGUGGCCACUAUAGUAGUCAAAUUAGUGACCACUCUAGGGGUUAAAUAGCUAGGAACCACUGUAGAUGUCUAGGUGGUACUACUAGAUGACAAAAACUACUACAGUUGCCACUAAAGUGGUCUCUAUAGAGGUGGUUUUAGUGACCACUUUAGUGUCCUCUCCAAGACCUUGAGCAACCCCUAUAGUGGCCACUAAAAAUUUUCCCAGUAAGUAUACUUUUGAAUGAGGAUAGGGGUUUUGAAAAUUCUUAGUUGAAGUUCUCGAAAUUUUCAUUAAUUUUCUGGGAAAGCCGAAAAAUCAUGAAUUUUAAAUUUUUUAUAAAGAUGUUAGCGUGAAAAAAUCUUUUCAAAAUUUAAAAAAAAAACAGGAAAAAUUGAAAAAUUGAAUUCAGUAUGAGUAUGAAGUCCAUUAUCCAAUGAUAAAACAAUUACUGUUUUUUUUCCAGAUUCUCAUCAGAAUGCGUGACUUUGUACGAGCCCCGAUUGGCCAACGUCCGAGUCGCCGAUAG